AUGGGCCUCAGCAUCAUCACCGUCAACCUCGCGCUCGUCUGCGUCGAGAGCGCGCUCUACGGCGUCUUCUUCGUCCUCGCCGUCACCUCCCUCGCCGUUCUCGUCGUCCGACACGGGCAGGACUCGGCCGGCGCCGCGCUCUCGCUCCGCGCGACGCUCCGGAGCCCGCUCUUCCUCGCCACUGUCAUCCUGCUCAUGACCGUCAGCGCGCACUGGCUGCUGACGGUGCGCCGACUGUUCGACGCGUACGUGUACACAAACGGGGGAGAAGAGCCCGCGACGUACUACCUUGAGAUCGAGGCCGCCACGCACGUCGCGUCCACCGCGUUCGUCAUCGCCUCGGUGAUCGUCGGCGACAUCAUUCUCAUCUAUCGCAUAUGGGUCGUUUGGGGGCACCGCUGGUCCAUGAUCAUCUUCCCCGCGCUCUGCACCAUGGGCUAUGCAGCGUCCGGGACGAGCGUCGUCCAGCUCUUCGCGACCUUCGUCCCGGGCGAGAGCAUCUUCGUGUCCGAGUCGCAGCGGCGGGUCAUCACGACCGUCGCCCUCACGCUCUCCACGAACAUUUAUGGAUCCGUGUCCAUCGCGUACCGGAUAUGGACGACGAACCGGGCGAUGAAGAACGAGCGGAUGAUGCUGCCCGGGAUGAGCCUCACGGAAGCGUUCGUGAUCUUCGUCGAGAGCGCCGCGCUCUACACCUUCUGGACGCUCUUCUUCCUCUGCGCCUACGCCGCCCAGUCCCUCCUCGAGGCCUUCGCGUUCCACAACAUCCCCGCCGCGACCGGCAUCUCCUUCAUGCUCAUCAUCGUCCGCGUCGGCCUCGGCUUCUCCUUCGCCCACCCGCCCACGCCGCACGACCCCGGCGCGACCCGCCUCGUCGCCUUCACCGUCUCCCGCACCGUCGCCGUCGAGCGCUCCACCGACUUCGCGCUCCCGCCCCGACGGCGCCUCCACGGCGCAGCGGACCCGGGCGUGCUCAGCAAGCGGGACCUGCUCCGCGCCGCCGACGGCCGCGAGUCGGACGAGUUCGAGCGGGAGCUGGCGGGCGCGAAGGACGCGCCGGGGAGCCAGCUGGCGCCGCUGCCGCGGCUCGCGCGGUCGCCCGUGUGA